GCUCGCACCCUCCUCGUCGAGGGGAAAAGCAACAACAAACAACAAAGAAAAAGACCGCACCCCCACCGCGGCACCGAGCACGAUGGCCCCCACGCACUCCAUCGCGUUCUGCAACAACCGCGGCGGCGUUGGCAAGACCUUCAUGGCCUUUCAAACCGCCUGCGAGACCGCCAGGGCGAGACCCGACAAGAAGGUGCUCGUCCUGGACUUCUCCCUCUACUCCGACAUCACCGCGCUGCUCCUCGGCGGUUCCGCGCGCGAGGGAUUCGGAGCCCCGAUGAAGGGUCUUCAGGUGACGGUGGAAAACACCACCGAGGACACUCGCGCCGAGGGGCUCAUCCGCGACCUCGAGCACGCCAUGGAUACCGACGAGCACGCCGCCGCCGCGGAGAAGAAGGGCGGCAGCAUCUUCGGAGCCUUCUUCGCCAAGAAGAAGGACCCGUCGACGGCGACUGUCGAUUUGCGAAACUACCUCAUCCGCCCCGCCGAUCACAACGCGGCGAUCCCCGGUAACCUCUACCUCGUCCCCAGCGCGGGCAGCGUCUCGUGGACGGACACUCAGGCGGAGGAAGCCGGGCACUCGCCGCUGUGGACGCGCAAGGGGGACGAGUGGUGGCCCGCGGCGCAGCGACUCCGCGCCGCGGUGGCGUCCCUCCCCGCCGAUUUCGAAGCCGUGAUGGUGGACACCGACCACCUCGCCGCGUGCGUGCUGACCAAGAUGGCGCUCGCCACCUGCGACAGCGUCGUCGUCCCGCUCUCCUUCGACGACGGCGACUUCAAUCGCCUGUUCCAGGACGUCACCGGCAACUCCCUCUUCACCGACGUCAUGAUCCCGAUGCGCGCCAAGGCGCAGCUCAGGGCCAGGGUCGCCAAGUGCGUGUUCACGAAGGUGUCCAGCAACAAGAACGAGGAGACGGAGACGCAGGGAGGCAUCCACUCGCCGUUCAGGCCGUCCAACACGGUCAUGGCGCAGAUGGACGCGAUGGCGCAGCAGGUUUGGAGCGCGUGCAUGCACGACGAUAGGUACCGCGCGCUGUUCAAAGACGUCGACUCGAUCGCGCCCGGGGCGGAUGGCAACGUGGUCCAGGCGUUCCGCUCCAGGUACUUCACCGCGAUGAAGAUGGCGCCGGACCUGGCGGCGAACAUCUCCAAGAUGAACGGCCUGCCGAUCUGCUCGAUGACGUCGCAGACGUACGUGGCGCCCAGCGGGUUGGAGGGGCAGUCGGGGAAAGCGGUCCUGGACGGGUUGAAGGCUGAGAUUCAGAAGCUGGUCAACGCGUUCACCUCGGACGAGUAUAACCUGCCGCUCAGCGCCUCGUGAGCGAGCCUCGACGGGACGAUGGGCGGAUCGUGUUGUAAAAAGAGAGAUGGUUUAGCGGGGAAGGAGGGUGGCGCGCGCGCGGAGCGGCGUCGCUCGACUCCGGAAGUUUUAGCGACAUACUUUUCAGACACUUUUCACCACAAACGGUGUUGACUAACUCGAUCGAUUCA